AUGGACGGCAACGAGUCCCAAGCUCUGCUGUCCAAGGAACAGCUCAUCUACGCCAUCACCGUCCCGCUGUCCACCUCCAUCAUCCUGGCCAACCUCGUCAUCAUCUUGGCCAUCGCCUGCAACAGGCAGCUCCACAACACGCCCAACUACUUCUUCCUCAGCCUGUUGGUGGCCGAUCUGUGCACGGGCGUGGCUCUCCCUUUCAUACCGUGGAUGGGUCUGAACCGGGAGUUAAGCUUUAGCUCCUGUCUUGUGGUUCACGUCUUCCCAAACUUCCUGUUCCUGGCCUUUCUUUUCAACCUGGUGAUGGUCCACUACGAGCGCUACAUAUGCAUCGUCAGCCCCUUGCAUUACAGCAGCUUGUGGAUGCAUCGUAGUUUUCCGUUGGCAUUGCUCGUUGUGUGGACGCCACCGCUGCUUUAUGCGUCCCUACCUGCUUUUGGGUGGAAUAACUGGACAGGGCCGGACUGGAAUGGCUGUUGUGCAGAUAGCAGAGGGACAACGCCUCUUGGGAACUGCUCAAGAAAUGGAACCGCUUGCUGCUCGUACCAGCGAGUUUUCCCCAACGCUUUCAUCUACUUGGAGGUGUACGGGCUCGUCUUACCUGCUAUUCUUACCAUCGCCGGCAUGACAGGCCGCGUUCUGUGGAUCACCCGAGGCCAGCUGAAAGACAUUUGCCGUCUCCAUCGCUCGGUGGAGAGGGGAAGUCAAGCGUCAGACCGGGAACAGAGGCUGAACCUGCGAUACACUCGCUGCGUGGUGGCCGUGUCGCUGACCUUUCUCGCUUGCUGGGUUCCCUACCUCAUUUACAUGCACGUCUGCGUGGCGUUCUUACUGGGCGAGACCAAAUGGGGCUCCACCACGCUCAUCGUGCUGUCCUGCAUCGGCAUCGGAAGCAUGGCCGUCGUGCCGCUGGUGCUCGGCCUUGCCAACCGGCAAUACACCGAGCCCGCGAACAAACUUCUCCAAAAACUCAGAGACCGGUGGAGACGGAGGAUGCAGGAAUCAGAGGAGAUUUCACUCUAA